AUGCGUUUCAACGCUGCUCUGACCUCGGCCUUGGUCUCGUCGGCUGGCCUGAUGGGCCAUGUGCUCGCUGACGAGGUCGAAGUGCCAGCACCUGAUGCCACUUCCUCUGCCAUUGAACGCCCUACCUUCACCCCCACUUCCCUCAAGGCUCCCUUCUUGGAGCAGUUCACCGAUGAUUGGGACAAGCGAUGGACCCCUUCCCAUGCCAAGAAGGAGGACUCUACCUCAGAGGAAGACUGGGCCUACGUUGGAGAAUGGUCUGUUGAGGAGCCUACCGUCUUCAAGGGUAUCGAGGGCGACAAGGGUUUGGUGCUGAAGAAUCCCGCUGCGCACCAUGCUAUUUCCGCGAAAUUCCCUAAGAAGAUCGACAACAAGGGCAAGACUCUUGUUGUGCAGUACGAAGUCAAACCACAAAACUCCCUUAUUUGUGGUGGCGCCUAUUUGAAGCUGCUCCAGGAGAACAAGAAGCUUCACGCGGAGGAAUUCUCAAACGCCUCUCCCUAUGUGAUCAUGUUUGGUCCCGACAAGUGCGGUGCCACCAACAAGGUUCACUUCAUCUUCAAACACAAGAACCCCAAGACUGGUAAAUAUGAGGAGAAACACAUGACCAACCCACCAGUUCCUCAUACGGAAAAGACUACCUCCGUCUACACCCUUAUCGUGAAGCCCGACCAGACCUUUGAGAUCCUGAUCAACGGCGACAAUGUCAAGAACGGUACUCUUUUGGAAGACUUCUCUCCCGCCGUCAACCCUCCCAAGCAGAUUGACGAUCCCAAGGACAAGAAGCCUAGCGACUGGGUUGACGAAGCCAAAAUCGCUGACCCCGAAGCUACCAAACCCGAAGACUGGGAUGAGGAGGCUCCCUUUGAGAUUGUUGACCUGGAGGCUACCAAGCCUGAUGACUGGUUGGAGAAUGAACCAUUGACCAUCGCUGACCCCGAGGCAGAGAAGCCUGAAGACUGGGAUGACGAGGAAGAUGGUGACUGGAUCGCCCCUACUAUUCCCAACCCCGCUUGUGCCGAUGUCUCUGGAUGUGGCCCCUGGACCGCCCCUAUGAAGAAGAACCCCGACUACAAGGGCAAGUGGUCUGCACCUCUUAUUGACAACCCUAAAUACAAGGGACCUUGGGCUCCUCGCAAGAUUGCCAACCCUGAGUACUUUGAGGACAAGACUCCUUCCAACUUUGAGCCUAUGGGAGCCAUUGGUUUCGAACUCUGGACUAUGCAGAACGAUAUCCUCUUCGACAACAUCUACAUUGGCCACUCUAUUGCCGACGCCGCUGCUUUCCGUGAGGAGACCUACGUUGUCAAGAAGACUAUCGAACUUGCAGAGGAGGAAGCCGCCAUGUCCAAGCCUGAGAAGAAGGCUGAGGCCGGCGUUACUUUCAAGGAUGACCCCGUUGCCUUUGUUCGUGAGAAGGUCGACCUUUUCGUCAGCCUCGUCCAGAAAGAUCCUAUUGCGGCCGUGAAGUCCGUUCCCGAAGUCGCGGGCGGCUUGGGUGCUAUUCUGCUUACUACCAUCUUGUUUAUCUUCGUUGCCAUUGGUGCCAGCAGCCCUGCUCCCACUAAGGCUGCUGAGAAGGGCAAGGCCGCCGCUACCGCUACCAAGGAAAAGACUGCUCAGGCCGUCAGCUCUGCCACUGACGCUGCUAAGGGCGCUACCAAGCGUACCACCCGAUCCUCUGCGGAGUAA